AUACAAGUUAGCUUUUUUUAUAUUGACCUUAAGGUUGUAAACACCCAGGUCAUGAAAUAAUAAAAAAAACAAGUUUAAGCUAAAUUCACAUACACAUUGUAGUCUUGGUGUUGGUACAACUCCAAAGUCUGAACUCAUAAUUUAUAAUAUUAAUAUAUUUCUAAGUUGAGAAAAGGUUAUGAACAUUGGCUGAUAAGAGUUUAUAAAUAAUACUUUUAAUGAUAAAAAUAAUUCAUAAAAUAUGUCGAAGGUUACAAAAAGGAAACAUGUAAUGAACGAAGCCUUGUGGGAUGAUUAUGAAUUACCCAAAGAAAAUCAAAGUGUUGUUCGAGUUUUAAGAAGCCGGGGAAAUAAUUUGCACGAGGUAACUAACCCUAAUGGUGAAGAAUAUCUUGUUUCAAUGCCUACUAAAUUUCGAAAAAAUAUAUGGGUCAAAAGAGGGGAUUAUGUAUUAGUUGAACCAAUUGUUGAAGGAGAUAAAGUGAAAGCUGAAAUAAUCAAGAUUAUGAACAAAGACUCGAUAAAGUAUUAUAAGGAGAAUAACAUAUGGCCUAAAGAGUUUGAUUGUGAAAAGAAACAGAAUGUAAGCAAUGAUAAUGACUUGUUCAUAAAUACUAAUAGACUUCCGAUACAGAAUUAUAGUGAAAGUGAUUCAAGUGAAAUAAGCGAAUGACAAAAAAUUUAAAAAUUGCACUUAAAACUUCGCAUUUAAGCAAUUUUUCUACUAAAUGUUAUGGAGGUUGGGAAAAAUGGAGUAAAAAAACUGUAACAAUGUAAUAAAUAUUUAGUAUAAAAGAAAACAAAAUCU